CGUCAUCCCCACACCACCACCCCACCUGUCACUGCUACGGGACUUCAGCCCUACCCCUUCCCGCUUCCUUUCCGUAUCUGGAAACAGUCUUGCCUUGCAGCUCUACGGUACUUCUCGGCAUCUUCACUAAAACUUCACUGUGCAACCUAGAAGAGAACAAUAAACAAUACCAAUAAACGCAGAGAAGAACAAUACCAAUACCAAUAACCAUCCCCCAUACUGUCAAUACAAAGACAACCACCAUGGCAACUGUAGUCGGAGCGUCCGGAAUACUCGACAUCGUCUCAUCCCUCCCGCUGGAGCUCGCCACAUCGGUUCUGCUCUCGGUGGACCUCGAAGACCUAGUGGCCUGUUCGGCAGUCUGCCGGUCCUGGCGAAAACUCGCCCACCUCGAAUACCUGUACGCACCGUACCUGCUUCGGAAAUACAGCCUAGUGACGCACGGGCGCUCACCCAUAGCCUCGUCGUCGUCGCCGGGCUCCUCGGUCCGAUCCGAGCUCCUCGAGCGCUACCGCCGGCUCUCGGCGUCGUCGUACUUUUCGAGCUCCGAGACACUGCGGGAUCUGGCGCUGCGCGAUCUGCGCCUGCGGAAGCAGUGGAUGAGUGGCGUGCCCACGAGGAAGAUAAAUCUCAACGCCGAGGGCGUGCAGGGUGCCCGGCUGCUGAGCGUGGUGGUCGACCCGGUGUGGGAUCUGGUGAUAACGGGUGACGCAAGUGGCGCAGUGGUGUUCUGGUGCACGAGGACUCGGAAGCCUGUCGAUACGAAACAUGUUCGCGGAUCCGCGCGUGGUCCGGUACCGCCUGCGAUCGCAACCAUGGCCCUCGAGGGAGAGUAUUUGGUCAUCGGGGAUUGCAAAUCUCUCGUCCACAUCCUGAAGCGCGACCACGCUACCCGCACCUUCGAGUACAUCACCAGCUUUCCCGUAACCUCCGAGGUGUGUAGCAUCCAUCUGUCGGGGCACACCGUAAUCACCGCCUGCGUGAACGGCGAAAUCGACUUCCGCAGCGUCCUCUCGCCGUCCACCGUGCUCUUACAGAUCUACACGCCGAUCUUCCACCACCUCGGCCUACCAAACCGUAGCAUCCACUACGCGCGGCCCUUCCUCUUCACGUCCUCUAAAUGCGUCUCCCAGAUCUACCCCAAGACCGUCGACCCCGACAACCGUCGGGAACUGUGGGAGUACUCUGAGAACGAACUGUUCAUCAAGAACUACACCGUUUCCGAGAGCGCCGAGAACCAGGAGGGAAAGUGUAUCCUCGCACCGUUCAGGGACACGGGCGAACUCCUGGUUGCCUGGCCCGAUGCGAGCGUCUACUCCAUCACCGGGUUCAAGGCGAGUGUCGUCGCCCUGCCGAAGAGCCACAUUCUUGCGGAGCGGACACAUCCGCGCGGCGUGCGCUCCAUGGCCGCCGGAGACGGCGUGUUCGUCACGAGCUCGUACGAACAGGAAGGAAAAAUCUCAAUCUUCACGCACGAAGGCCAGCGGCUACAAACCCUGUUGAGCGGCGAGAGCAUCACGGGGCUAGCAAUGGACCCCACCUUCUUCGUCUCGGUAUCAAAAGACCGCGCCGUGGUACUGUGGGACUUUUCGCCUCCCACAGUGCCUCCCACAACACCACCGACGACGGCGAUGCCGGAGAGCAGUGCCUGUGCCUAUACAAGCCACAGUCCCGAACCCAGCGUGUUCUCGGAUGUGGAUGAGGAGGCUGAUAGUGAUGCUAAUGCGUGCGAGAGCGAGACCCCGCCGUCGAGUCCCGAGAAUAGCACCGGGUCGACGGAGGGGGCGGGGGCAGGGGCGGGGGCUGUCACUGGUAGGAGUGGGAGUGGGAAACGGAAGGUGGCGGGUGAGAAUGAGGGCGGACAUGGGGGGGAUUCGGGGAGUGGAAGUGGAAGUGGGAUUGGCAGUGGGAGUGGGAGUGCGGGGAGUGGGAGUGCGGGGAGUGCGGACAAGAGAUGUAGGGUAUGACAGUUGCGGUUCGGUGCGG